AACACACGGUGUCCAAACAGAGGACGAGCGAGACGCGAAUCGCGUCGUCGUCAUCUUCAUUACUCUUUCAUUAUAUUUAAGCUGCGCUAUAACGGAACCCUCUUCUAAUCAAUCUUGUAGAUUUGAAAAUCAGUUACCGGUCAGUCUUGCAGGGGAGUACACGAAUCCACAAUAGCUUCUAAUCAAUCUCUUAUUAAGUAAAGUCAAAUCUGUUAUCAAUAAGUGUAGUGAGGAAGAAAUAACGCCACCGCAAUAACAAUGCUGCGACUGCUGAAUCCACGUUUCGGAAGUCAGCUCCGGGUGAGAAUCACUUCCGCAAAGCUUACAGGCGCCGUCGUGAAUCAGUGUGAGGCAGCCUACAGCACUCAGGCGGGAUACGAGCGAAACAUCGUCGAGUCAAAGUACGGACCGGUGGACAUUCCAAAGAUUUGCCUGACGGACUACAUUUUCAAAGGAUACGAGCAAACGGCCGAUAAGCCAGCAGUUACGUGUGGAUCUAGCAAGCGUGGCUACAAUUACGGCAUGAUCUACGAGAUGACCAAGCGAAUGGCGCGCGCUUUGCUGUCGCAAAAAGGUUGCGCCAUGCGCGAAAAGGAAGUAGUUGGGAUACUGCUUCCAAAUAUUCCCGAGUUCGUCCCUGCCAUACACGGAAGUUUAAUGGCAGGGUUGACGACCACCUUCGCCAAUCCACUUUACACACCAGAGGAAAUCUGCCGACAGUUCGACAUUGCCGGUGUGCGCUUAGUCAUUACACUGCCUGUGCUGUUACCGGUAGCACAAAUCUACAAAAGCAAAGCCAAGAAAUACCGAGGAACGAUCAGUAUUGGCGGACGGCACAAUGUCGGUGAAAACAUAUUCGGCUUCGAGGAGUUACUACGUGAAGACCAUAGCGUUGAUCUGCCGGUAGUCGAUCCCGAAGAUACGGCCAUUUUGCCGUUUUCAUCUGGGACCACUGGGAUGCCCAAAGGAGUCGAGCUGAGCCACAAUAAUCUGGUGGCAAACCUGGCCCAGGGGUCACAUCCGGAAAUGAACAAGUACAAUAGGCCGGAGUUUGCUGGCUACACCGAAACCAUACUGACAAUUCCACCAUUUUUCCACAUUUAUGGCUUCAAUGGUAUUCUUAACUCGUGCCUCAAAAGUAGAAAUCAUCUAGUGUCAAUUCCAAGGUUCAUCCCCGAAGACUACAUUCAAUGUUUGGUGGAAUUCCGGCCUAAGUUUCUAUUCGUGGUCCCCUCGUUGAUGCUCUUCUUGGCCACCCAUCCGAAGGUAACCGAGGAUCACCUGUCGAGUGUUGAUGCCGUUCUCGUGGGCGCGGCUGCCGCUCCCCUCCAGCUUCAGGAUAAAUUCAAACAGAAAUGCGGAAAAGACGUGGACAUCACGCAAGGAUACGGUAUGACGGAAAGCUCCCCGGUCACGCUGUGCACUCCCUACAAGUACGACCUGUCCAAGGUGGGAACGUGUGGCCAGUUGUACCCGAACACGCAAGCCAAAGUAGUGUCCCUGACGGAUGGUAGCAAUUUGGGGGCACACCAGCCGGGAGAAUUGUACAUCCGUGGUCCGCAGGUUAUGAAGGGCUAUCUGAACAACGAACAGGCUACGAGGGAAACGGUCGACUCGGACGGAUGGCUGCACACUGGGGACGUAGCGUACUACGACCAGGACGGGUACUUCUUCAUUGUAGAUCGCACAAAGGAACUGAUCAAGGUCAAAGGAAAUCAGGUUUCACCCACGGAACUAGAGAAUCUAAUUCUAGAGCUGCCGGAAGUUUCCGAUGUGGCCGUGGCCGGAAUUGCGGACGAAACGGCGGGCGAACUCCCGAAGGCCUAUGUGGUUCUGAAGCAAGGACAAUGCCUCAAGGAACAGUCAAUUAUGGACCACGUGAAGGAACGGGUGGUCAAGUACAAACAGCUGGCCGGUGGGGUGAUGUUCGUUAAGGAAAUUCCCCGAAAUGCCGGAGGAAAGGUACUUCGGCAUCAGCUGCAUUUGUUGGGUGCGCAACUUGAUGAUUAGAGGAGUAAAGUGGUGAUAUGAAACUUAGUUUUUUUAUAUGGGAUAUUGUGCUUUUACUUUUGUUAGCCCAAAGUAUAUCAUAAUUGUUUAGGUAAAAGUUUUUCCCUUAAAAUGUUCCACUAUAUAUUAUAUGUAAUUUUGAGUCAAAUAUAUCUGAAUAGAUUUUCAAAA